CUCCUGUUUCAUAUACCUCUCUCCAUCUUCAAAAUAAAGUCUUCUUCGCCCUUGUAAAUGGCUAAGAUUUUCCCUCAGAAACCCAUAUUUUCUCCUUUCAUGACUUUCAAGGGACAAACAUUUACUCUUUGGAUGAAAUCAUUAGUCUGCCAUACUAAUGGCUGCACUGUCUUUGAUUCUAAUGGUGAGAUCAUUUACCGCGUCGAAAACUAUGGUACCAAGUGCAACAAUGAGGUGCAUCUCAUGGAUCUUCGAGGCAGAGUUCUUGUAACCAUAAGAAGAAAGACUUUAUUACUAGUUUUUGGACGUUGGUAUGGGUACAGAUGGAAUCCUGCCAACAUAGACAAGGAGAAGCCAUGGUUUCAAAUGAAAAAAUAUUGCGGAAUUUGUAUGGGAAAUUCAGCCUGUCAAGUUACUGUAGGGUUUGAUAAAUACUGGGUUGUGAAAUUGGGACGUAAAGCAGCUUUCAGGAUCGUAGACUUGGAUGGAGAUAUUGUUGCUGAGGUGAAGCAGAAGCAAUUAUCUUCAGGAAUCGCAUUAGGAUAUGAUGUGUUAACUAUGAUUGUGGAACCUCACAUUGAUCAUUGCCUUAUCAUGGCAAUUGUGACGGUCUAUGGAUUAAUCAAUUACAAAAUGUAGAUAGAUUCUAUAUUAUCAUCGAUGUAUGCACCAAAAUGUGAUUGCAGUCCCAGAGCUGGUACUCAUAUAUAGGCAGCCAUAUAUAGCUAGGCAGCUUCAUUUGUCCUCCAUCUGAAUAUACUUUUUCUUGAACAAUGUUUUUUACAU